AUGGAGAACCUCACGCCGGAGCAAUGGCGCGAGAUCAUGAACAAGAAGAUGCACUUCGCUCCGGAGCUCCUGUGCGCCAUCCAGGAAGGGAAGACGGAGCUGCUGAGUGGGCUGCUGAAGACGGGCGACGGCAUCAUCCGCCAGCUGGACGAGUCUGAAGACCGCCAGUGGAGGGAGGCCCUCAACCUCUCCAUCCGCCUGGGCAACGAGGACUGCAUGGACGCCCUGCUGCAGGGCGUCAAGUUCGACUUCCGGCAGAUUCACGAGGCCCUGCUGGUGGCUGUGGACACCAACCAGCCCCGGGUGGUGCAGCGCCUGCUGGACCGCCUGGACCAGGAGAAAGGCAACAAGAUGGACGUGCGCUCCUUCUCCCAGGCCAUCUUUGACCGCUCCAUCGACAACUCGCGGUUCGCUCCCGGUGUAACUCCCUUGACGUUGGCCUGCCAGAAAGACCUGUACGAAAUAGUCACCAUGCUCACCCAGAAGGGCCACGUCAUCCCAUAUCCACACAAGAUAUCCUGCGCCUGCCUGGAGUGUCGCAACGGCCGCCAGUACGACCUGCUGAAGUUCUCCCUGUCUCGCAUCAAUACGUACCGAGGCAUCGCCAGCCGGGCCUACCUGUCCAUCACCUCCGACGACGCCAUGCUCAGCGCGUUCUGCCUCAGCCGGGAGCUCCGCAAGCUGUCGCAGAAGGAGCCGGAGUUCAAGCCUCAGUACUUGAGCCUGGAGCAGAUUUGCCAGGAGUUCGCCGUGGAGCUGCUGGGCAUGUGUCGCAACCAGAGCGAGGUGACUACUAUCCUGAACAGCUGCGGGGACCAGAGCCAGGACUCCCUGGACGAGCAGGCCUUCGAGGACGGGAUCCCCAACCUGUCGCGGCUGAGGCUGGCCGUCAACUACAACCAGAAGCAGUUCGUAACGCACCCGAUCUGCCAGCAAGUCCUGUCGUCCAUCUGGUGUGGACACCUGGCAGGUUGGCGAGGCAGCAGGACGGCUUGGAAGCUGUUGGUGUCUGUGGGAAUCUUUCUCACCAUGCCGCUGCUUUGCCUCGUCUACUGGAUCGCACCAAAAUCUAAGGCAGGAAAGAUCAUAAAGAUCCCUGUGAUCAAGUUCCUCCUCCACUCAGCGUCCUACCUCUGGUUUCUCAUCACUUUGCUCGGAGAAUCCAUCACCAUGGAGCUGUAUCGGGACAAGUUUGCAUCCCGAGAGCAGAACAUCCUGCACAGCUCCUUCCACAUGGUGUGGGUGGUCGGUUUCUUCUGGUACGAGUGUAAGGAGGUGUGGAUCGAGGGCCUGCGGAGCUACUUCCUGGACUGGUGGAACUGCUUGGACGUGAUGGUGCUCAGCAUGUACCUGGCGUCCUUCACGCUGCGCAUACUCAUCAUGCUCAAGGCGCACCUUCUCUGUCAGGAGCAGACCAGCGGGGACGAGUGCAUCUACUUCACCCAGACCGUGCGUGACGACUGGCAUCAGGAAGACCCGCAGCUGAUCUCAGAGGUGCUGUUUGCCGUGACCAGCAUGCUCAGCUUCACCCGGCUGGCCUACAUCCUGCCAGCCCACGAGUCUCUGGGGACCCUGCAGAUCUCCAUCGGGAAGAUGAUAGACGACAUGAUGAGGUUCAUGUUUAUACUGAUGAUCAUCGGGACAGCCUUCCUGUGUGGGAUCAACAACGUCUAUGUGCCGUACGUCAUCUCUCCACAUCUCGGCAGGUUCAACGAGACCUUCCACUUCCUGUUCUGGACCAUGUUCGGCGUGGCGAACCAGGACUACGUGGACAUGCCUCAGUUCGCGCUGGCAGAGUUUGUGGGACGGAUCCUGUACGGCAUCUUCACGCUGGUCAUCGUCAUCGUGCUCCUCAACAUGCUCAUCGCUAUGAUCACCAACUCCUUCCAGAAGAUCGAGGACGACGCCGACGUGGAGUGGAAGUUUGCCAGGUCCAAGCUGUACCUCAGCUACUUCAGAGAAGGCCUCACCAUGCCGGUGCCCUUCAACAUCAUCCCGUCUCCCAAAGCCGUGUUUUACGUUUUACGGGGUGUUUUCAGACGCAUCUGCUGCUGCUGCAACUGCACAUCCGAGCAGAAGUACCCCCCGAUCACAUCAGUUAGUGACUGAUCCAGCGAAAAGGGAUCAGAGGAAAGCCAGUUACCGUACCAGCAGCAGGUGAUCCGGGCCCUGGUGCAGCGCUACAUCGAUUCAGCUCGCAGGGAGUUCGAAGAGGCCAAGAGGAAAGAUAUUGGUAACCGCAUCACUGAGCUGAGUAAAGCCGUGUCCAGGAUACACACCGAUGUGAAAGCUGUCCAGCAACUCCUGUCGACUGACCGUUCGGGGGUAGACGACGCGCUGACCAAGGAUGGCUCGUCUGUGCUGGGAAAAUACAUCAUCGGUGCAAAGAAUAACUUCAGAGGCUUCAACAGCUAUCAGGACGACAAAAACGCCACGCUUAAGGUGACGGUGCACCACGGACAAGAAAAGGCUGAUCCGGAGCUGCAGCGGGAGGCGGAUACUCAGCCAGACACAAGCACAUCACAGAUGGAGGAAUGUGGAUCUGAAGGAGCGAAGCAGGUAAAAGACUGUGAGGUGGUGAACAUGGAGGAAGGGCGAGCAAACGAAGAGCAGAGGGACGAGAAGGAGCCGGAGAGAAAAGAGUCGGACCAAAGUGAACAUGAUGUCAGUGAAGAGAAACAGGAAGUAACAGAAGGGACCAGUUUUAAUAGUGAUGAAGAAAAGGUGAACACCACCCAGGAUGAAGCCGAUAAAAGAAGGGAAGGAGAAAGGGAUGCAGGGUCAAAGGUGACAGAAAACCCCAUGAAGAUGUCUGACCAAUCAGGGGUGGGCGAAGUCGGCCGUGAAACGACAGACACAAAGAAAACUACGAUCAGGUUCAAAGACAUCGAGCUGGAAGAAAGGAAGGUGGAGGCGAGAUGGACGAAGGGCAGAAAGUUAGAGAGAAGUGUGGCGGAGAAGUCUCCCGUCGGCAAGAACAACGAAGCGCCUGGAAACAGCAAAGUGAUCCCGUCUCCAACGGGGAGCAGCAGCUCACAGGACACCGGGUUUGGUUCUCGAGAGGGGGAACAGUCCAUCGAUGAAAACAUAAGCACCGGGACGUUCUCUGGGUUUACAACCCAAACGUAGACAGUCACUGACGACCGUCGUCCAUGAACGACAGAAAAACUGUUGGACCUUAGAGGUGCACUGGUGCCUUUAACAUAAUUACUCAUAACUCACCUUAACGAUAAGUUCUACCAAAAUUGGUACAGGUAUGAAUGUUAGCAAGUGCACUUAUAUUUGGAGAGGGAUUUUUUUUUUUUUUUUACAAUUUACAUCAUUUCUGCAAAAAACUAAAUGUAACCAGUAAAUUGUAGUCAUUUAAAAACGCAUCAUCUUCAGGUUAAAAGCCAAAGCAGCUCUUUUUUUAGUGUAUUUCAAUGCUUUGUUUUCUUCUGGUUUCUUGUGAAGUUUUAACACCUUAAGAGAAAAAAAGGCUUGUGUUUAGGUAAGCUGUUGUACAUUACAUUUUCAUUGUAAAUCAAUUAAAUCAUUUGAAAAUGAAU